UUAAACUAAAAAUUAUUGUUCAAUGUUUACCGAUGUCAAAUCGCGGUAGAUUAGGAUGUGCCCGGCCACGAAUAGUUCAUUCGACAUCUCUUGGUACGCGGUGGUUGGGUCGCGUCGCAUUAAAAAAAUUCAUAAACAAGUUUCGCAUUCAAUUUCCAUAUAUUGCAAUUGUGGCAAUUGGCGCCCAACCCCCUGCGAGCCCACGCGAUCUGUUUCGGCAAGUGUUUACUCGAAAAUUUCUAAAUACGAACAGAUUCAUUUUGAAAUACUUCAUUCCAUAAAACUAGACGGCAAGGUCAGAUAUUUAUGGAUCUUUCAAGAUGGUGUUGGGAUUCUACUAUCGCUAUCGCUCCUUGCGACGUUAUCACUAUCUUUAUUGGGCUGUAGUUACGAGUGCGCGCAUAAAUUUACUGCAGAUGCGUUUUGCAAUAACAAAUUAUAUUCGCAUUGAUAGCGGCAAAUUUAUUCUGCCUUCAUCUACAGGCUGAUCUUUAAGGCUUGACAGUACAUACAGAACGAAGUAUGUAAAGUUGUUUGAUGGCAGAAACAUAAACUUAGACCAAUUUUAUAAUGCACAUUUUCGAUCUCCAUAAACCAAGCGACGCGGCGGAAGCUAUCUUUCGCGCUUUUGAGGAAAACUUUUAAGUUGUUUUUCCAAGAUUAUCUAUAAAUGAAGUUGGAACAAUUUCCAAAAUUGGGAUAAGUUCUGUAGUGUACUUAAUCCCCAGGUUCUACGCUAACUUCACACUACAAGAACAUGGAAAUAAAGUCAACCCGGCAACGUUUAAAAAUGGUCACCCGAAUGUGACUAUUCUCUCCAAACCUAACAAGAUCCCGCUUAAAACUGAAAAGUGGCACGUGUGACGUGAUCAAACAUCUAAGGGAGGACCCCCUUACAUUAAUGGUAAACAACGCUCUGACCUGAAGCACAGUAGGGAAGGAACGUAAAAUAAAACACUGAAUUGUGAAAAGUGUGUAUAAUAAUGAUCGUAAUCCUUAUGAUUGUGAAAUCCCGGAAAUUUAGUUGGUGUACGUGAAUGUAACACAGCCAAAAACGUCUCGUACUCUCGCAAAAGUAACUGCCAAGGGUAAAAAGAGUACGACGAAGCAAAAUCUUGCAGAUUGAUUAAUACAGUCUAAAAGUUAGUUAACAAUAGUAUAUUGUUUUAUAAGGAGUAAAAGUGUGACUUUUUGUGGCAAGUCUGAAUGUUUGACGGCCGAACGUAGUGAGGCCGACAAUUUCAGACGCGCCACAAAAAGUGCUUUUACUCCGAAUAAAACAUACAAUUUUUUCCGCAAACGCUGUUCAAACGAUAGAAUUAAGGGAGUAUUCCUAAAAAGAUUGCAGCGCAUCUGUUAAAUGUUGAAAAAUUUAAAACUAGAUUGCUGUGGUUUGCGGUUGUUAUGGUGAAAGAAAAUUUUGACAAUUCAACAAAUUAAUUAUCGGGAACAUUCAAAGCCCUUUUGAACUGUGCGUUUUUGGUAAGUACCCGAGUAUCAAGUAGAUAAAGUAGUAAAAGAUAUUGACCAAUUUUUCUUGCAGGUUACAUAUUAUGUCGGAUUCCGAACUUAACUGUACGCCGCCAGACGUUCUUGCAAUUGCCAAGACAGCUACGAACGAUUUAAUUCCAACGAAGUCAAGUAGAGUUUAUAAUCAUGCUUAUGAAAGAUUUCUCACAUGGUGCAAUGAGAAAAACAUUACAAACUAUUCUGAAAAUGUGCUACUAGCUUAUUUUUGUGAAUUGGCAACCAAUCUAAAAAUGAAGAGUUCAACAAUGUGGUCUCAAUAUUCCAUGAUAAAAGCAUUAUUAAAUCUUAAACAUGGAUUAGAUAUUAGCAAAUAUAUGAAGCUACGUGCUUAUUUGAAAAAGCAGAAUGAAGGCUAUACUCCCAAAAAAUCAAAGGUAUUCACAAAGGAACAGUUUGAAGAUUUUUUAAACAAUGCACCUGAUGAGCAAUAUUUGGGGAUUAAGGUUGUUUUAGUAAUAGGCGUAUCAGGAGCAUGUAGGUGCGAUGAAAUGGUGAAUAUGACAAUAGACAAUAUAGAGGAUUUAGGAUCUGUUAUUCAUAUAAAGAUUCCUGAUAGCAAAACUAAAAAGCCACGAUCGUUUACAAUUAUUGGUGAAAAAUACAUAAAUCUUUAUAGAAAAUAUACUUCCUUGCGCCCCCCCGCUAUGGAAAGCCGUCGAUUUUUCUUGAAAUUUCAAAACGGAAAAUGUUAUCGCAUGGUCAUGGGAAUUCAUACAAUUAGUAAUGUACCCAAAACAGUAGCAACUUUUUUAAAACUACCGGAUUCAAAACUUUACACAGGCCAUGCUUUAAGAAGAACUUCAGCUACAUUGCUGGUGAAUGGAGGAGCUGAUAUCACUUGUUUAAAGCGGCAUGGAGGUUGGAGGUCGAGCACUGUGGCUGAAGGAUACCUAGAAGAUUCUUUGUCUAAUAAAAAAGAAACCGCGAAAAAAAUCUUAAUGCCAAAUUCUUCGUCAUUGGGCCUGAAUGCAGCUUCCGAUGAGCGAAAUUCGGUGGACGUUGAUUUAACAGAUGUUGAAACGAGUAAGAAGUCAAAGGAAAUGUUAUUGGCUAACUCAUUCAACUCUACACAAAAUUCUAUUGAAUUAGAAGUCAAUAAAUCAGGAAGUGUGUUAAAUUUGUGCGGUGCAACUCUAAAUAAUUGUAAUUUCACAAUUAAUAUGUAAUUAUCGCUAAUAAAUCUCCAAAGUUCAACUACCUGAUGAUAUUUACUGUCUGUCAUGUCACUUUUUUCUCCGGCCGUGAGCGUACAAAAAAGUUUAAG